UCCCGUCAUCCUAACCCCAGCCUCAGCUCGAGAUUGGCACACAGGUCGGGAGGUGGGGUGACUGGAAAUUUUGCGCCUCUUCUCCAAGCUUGAGGCUGCUCUGCCUUGGACUGGUCCUCUGAGGCUGUACUAAUUUGUGCCAGCUGUGAGCACCCCUAGAGAGGGCCUUUAUAACAGACAGAAAAUCCUCAGGCUGCGGGAGAGCAGGAGAGAGAGGAGCCCAGGCGGGAAUGAUUCUCCUUAUGGGCCAGCAGCACAGCGCCCAGCUGCUUUACAGCCCGAGGGCAUCCCGCCCCUUAUGGCCAGUUGUGAAGACGCACACGCCUCAAUCACACCUGCUGGCUGGACUGCGGUUUGCAGACAUGCCCUGUGUCGCCUAGGGGAUUCCCGGGGGGAGGGAGCGUGUCCGAUGCAAUCAGGGGUGCGGGAACCGCUCCGUUGGUGUGGAUGGGAAGCAGGGCACUAACCCGCUGAAACCAGAAGUCGGGCAUGUUUCCCAAGCGCCUGCUUGGGAGCCUAGCGCGGGCCUGAGCAGGGCCCCAGAGUGGGGAGGGGGAUGCACAGCAGCUGGACCCAGGCAGGGAGUGGGGGUGGCCCAUUGUAAAGGGGCUCGCCGCGGGCUCCCCACACCUCGCCUGCGGCCGCAACCCGGAGCCAAGUUUCGCUUCUCCGUAAAGGAAACCGAAACUGCCCCCUACCUUUCCCCCAGCCAGCAGCGCCUGUCACAUGCUCCCCGCUAUUAAAUGGAGCCCGCGCCGCUGCCCUGCGCCCCAAAGCGCUGCAGCCCCGCACCGCCAUGCACCUCGCCGAGAUGCGCACCGUGCCCCAGGCGCUGGCGAUGCUGCUCGGCAUCCUCGCUGCGCAGCUGAGCGCCCUGUGGCUCCGCCUGGCGCCCUUCUCCUGCUGGCUCAGCGGGGCGCUGCUACCCGGGAGGAGCCCCGCGCUGCUGGAGGAGGGCGCUGGGGAGCCGGAUGGCGCCGAGGUGCCCACGGUUCCGACCAGCGUCAACUAUCACUUCACCCGCCAGUGCAACUACCGCUGCGGCUUCUGCUUCCAUACGGCCAAGACCUCCUUCGUGCUGCCCCUCGAGGAAGCCAGGAGGGGGCUGGCCAUGCUCAAGGAGGCGGGUAUGGAAAAAAUAAACUUUUCAGGAGGAGAGCCAUUUCUGCAAGAGAGAGGAGAAUUUGUGGGCAAAUUGGUCCAGUUUUGCAAGCAGGAACUAAAACUGCCAAGUGUCAGCAUUGUGAGCAAUGGCAGCAUGAUUAAAGAACGAUGGUUCAAGCGUUACGGUGACUACCUAGACAUUCUUGCAGUUUCCUGUGAUAGUUUUGAUGAGGAAGUCAAUGUUUUAAUUGGCCGUGGACAAGGAAACAAGAACCACAUUGAGAAUCUCCAAAGACUGAGAAAGUGGUGCCGAGAUUAUGCUGUGGCUUUUAAAUUAAAUUCAGUAAUUAAUAGAUUUAAUGUUGACGAAGAUAUGAAUGAACAGAUUAAGGCACUAAAUCCUGUCCGAUGGAAGGUAUUCCAAUGCCUGCUCAUUGAAGGAGAGAAUACAGGUGAAGAUGCACUGAGAGAAGCAGAGAAAUUUAUUAUCAGCGAUGAAGAUUUUGAACGAUUCCUAGAUCGCCAUAGAGAGGUCUCAUGUUUAGUACCAGAAUCUAAUCAGAAGAUGAGAGACUCAUACCUCAUUCUGGAUGAAUAUAUGCGUUUUCUGAACUGUAGAAAUGGACGGAAAGAGCCUUCCAAAUCUAUCCUGGAUGUAGGCGUAGAACAUGCUAUAAAAUUGAGUGGAUUUGAUGAGAAGAUGUUUCUGAGUCGAGGAGGAAAAUAUGUGUGGAGUAAAGCAGAUAUGAAGCUAGAAUGGUGACUCAAAAGUAUUUUUUAUUGCACAUGCGCUUUGUAGUACUAUAAUAAUAAUAAUAAUAACAAUAAUAAUUUGACAUAAGUAUUGUAUGUUUGUUCCUUAUUUUUUAUGCUUUAUAUAUAUGCCAAAGACCAUUUUUAACUAAAAGUAGAGUAAUGUUAAUUGCAGAGAAAAUAGUGUAUGUAACUUUAAAUUUUAGCUUGCAUAAAACUAAUCUUUUUGAAAUUGAGAUUGGUUUUAUCUGCUCUGUGCUCAGGGAUUACUAAAUAAUGAUUGAAUUUAGAUAUGAGAUGAUCUCCCAAAUCUAGUACUUACCUAAUCUCUUAAAAUUCUUAGACUACAACUUCCACUAUGGUAAAAUAUAUUGUAAAAAUAUAGGUAGUUCUACACAUAAAGAGUAUUGCAUUAAAUAAGAAAAAGUCAUAUAGGAAAUAGUUUUAAAAUAAUAAAUCAGUGACAAGAAAAACAAAAUCAACAAAUGGAACAUCAUAAUAUGCUUCUUUAAUUACCAGUUAAGUAGAUUUCUUACCAUGAAGCUUGUUCUGCCUAGUUCUUAAGAAAUAACAAGUUACAAUUCCAGGCUACGUCACUGGGGGCAAAUCAGUAGCGCUUUGAACACAAUGCUGACUUUUUCUUGAGUAACAACUGUUGAAUUGGGCUAAUUACCAUAAUAUAUGACUGAGGCAUAGACUAAAUUAAGUUAAAUGGAAACCCGUGCCAAGUGAAACUUCCAAUUUUCACUUUGCAAACAUUUAUUUGUGAAAGCCCAUAUUUCCUCCAGUAUUUGUAAAUUUCAUGCAGAGUGCAGUUUUUGUAUGUUUACUAGAGAACCCUACUUUUCUCAGGGGAGAAUAUGAAAUUUUUCCCAAAACAUAAUCAUGUUUUUACCCUUGAUGGAAACUAUUAUUUCACUAGAAACUGACAGUGUUUCCCAUGGGAAAUAGCCUUUUGUUUUAACAAAAAGUAUUCAAGGUGAAAACCAAAUAUUUUGCUUUUUAUAUGAAUCCAUUAAAAUCUUACUUUUUAAAUGAUUCCGCCCCCUCACCCUCCCAUAUCCAGCUCCUCUGGGGGAGCUCUAUUAGAGAGAGUGGACAGAAUUCUGUAAUGGCUGCCUUGUGUUAAAGACAUGCUAGCAUUAUUAGCUGUAUAUUUUGAUAAGCCAGGAAGUCAGAAACCACAAAGUUCACAUACCAUAUGUCUUCAUUUAGAAGCCAGCUUGGCUUAGUAAUCACCCUUAUUUAGUAGCUGCACCAAUAACAUACAAACUGUAAGUGAAACCAAUUAAAUUUAAUAACAGCCACCUUUAAUUUAAAGGGGUAGCAUCAACUUGAAAUACAGUAAACUCAGAAACAUGAGUUAGAAGUAAUUUCAGUUAUUUCACUUGUGCCUGAGCCCCGCUGCAAACUGUUAUGGUUUUACAGUUGUUUUUCUAUUUUUUUUUAAUUCUUUUCCUUAUUUUUUGUGUGAAAAACUCUAUAAAUGGGGAACUCACUGAGGACCCGAUCCUGCAGACACUUAUGUGUGAGUAACUUUACUCAUUCAGAUAGUCCCAUUGAACUUAGGCCUGGAUCCUCAAAGAUAUUUUGGCUCCUAACUUCCACUGAAAUUUGUGAGAGUUAGGUGCCUAAAUAUCUUUGAGGCUAUGGGCCUCAAUGUUUAUAAUUACUUACAUGCAUGCAUAAGUUUUUGCAGCAUCUGGGCCACAGCAUGUGUCAAAUGCUAGUGUAAAUAAACAAUAGAGAAAUAUACAUUUUUUCUCUAAUUUCUUUCAAUUAUAGUAAUUUUACUUCUUGUUUUAACAAUAACAGGUAAAGUAUUUUUGGAGAGAAAUUAAACUUUUAAUUUGACUCUUUAAAGCUGCAGCACUAGAUGAUCACAAUGGUCCCUCUGGCCCUGGAAUCUAUGAAAGGGAGAAGUAAUUAAAUGUAAUAGAAGCCACAGCUUCUAGACAGAGUUUUAUGCUAUUACGCCCUGCUGAAAAAAUGGGAAAAUACUUUUAAAUAGUAAUUCCUUAGGUCUGUAUUUUAUUGUCCUAACCAUAAUGACAUAGAGCCCUUAAAGAACAAAAGAGUGCCGAGAGAAUUCUGCAACCAUUAUGGUGUCUAUACAUAGAUUUUUUUUUAAAUUUUUUUUUCUCAAGGCAUUUUAACUGCUCCAGACAGAAUUAAAAAGCUUGAUCCCACAAUCUUUAGGCAAAAUUUCCCAUGACCUCAGUAGAAGUUUUCCCUGCGUAAAGACUGUGGGACAACACCCAAAGUAUAUACUUGUGUCCUUGAAUAUGAUUUUUUCUUAUUUAAGAUUCUUAAAAUCUUGGAUCCAACAUAUACCUUCUGCAGCCAGGCUGUGAGCUGAGGAGUUGGAAUUUUCUGUGAUUGCUGGUCCAGUCCCAGCUUGAGGAAUGGCUAGUGUAUCCUUCAGAGUAGCAGCCAUGUUAGUCUGUAUCCACAAAAAGAAAAGGAGUACUUGUGGCACCUUAGAGACUAGCAAAUUUAUUUGAGCAUAAGCUUUCGUGAGCUACAGUAUCCUUGUAUCAUUAAAUCCAUCAGCCUACUGCUAACCCAAAAUGCCUGCAGCAUAGCAGCAUGCAGGGAGCCUCCUCAGCUAUGAGCCACACACACAGAAGUAUUCAACCCCUAUGCAGGCUCUUUUAAUCUUGCCACCCUUCCUACUGCUCUGUCAUUUGCACAAGAGAAAUGCAACAGUUUUGCUGCAGGAAUAAAAGAGUUAGAGAGAAGAAGCUAAAAGUGAAUAGAAAAGCAACUACAAAAAUUCAUACAUUUAGAAACAUUUAAAAGAAUGAUAAAGAACCAACAUUUUCAGAGAAUGCUGUGAAGAGAGUUCUGAUUUGUGUUCUUACUUUUCACAUGGAAUUCAGUCCUAUGGGAUUUUCAUUGUCUUUACUACAAUAUGCAAUAAGAAAACCCAAACCUUAGCAGUGAAUAGACACUUUUUAUACGUUUUACAAUUUAAGGUGCUUCUGAAUGAAAAAAAUCCUUCUCGUUUAAAGUUUUAGGUUUUUGACUGUAACAAAAGGAAGGGUUUUUAUCUAUGGGUAUAAGUUUCAGUAGUAAUCUAGAAUGAUGUGCUAGAUACAGUAUAUGGAUGUGGUUCCUAUUAGAACAAAUUGUAUAUUUUAGGCACUGAUCCUACAAAGAUUUAUACACACACUUGACUUUAAAUAUGUGACUUUAGGUCUCAAUCCUGCAAACACAUAUGUGCUUAACUUUACUAGCAUGAGUAGUCUCAUGAUAGUUAAGAACAUGCAUAUGUGUUUGCAGGAUCAGGCAUUAGUUUGCACAGUAACUUGUUAGCACUUUUAUUGCUUUUCGUAUUAGGAAAAGUGACAGGUAAUAAGAGCUCAAUGCACUUGAACUCAGUGAGAUUUUUCCUAAGUAAUGUAGGAUAUGCCCUAUUUGAUGUGCUUAGCUUUCAUUAUAAAGUGUAACUGUAAUAUUUAGUGUGUUGCAGAAAUAUGAUGAUGAUUUUAUUUAUUACUACUGAAAAUUUUUAAAAAUGUUUUGUAAAAAGUUAAUAUAUUGUGCAUUGUAAUAAAGUCUUUUAAUUUUCUUAAA